AAGAUGGCUGCAAAACCGGGCGAACCUUGCCCCGCCCUGGACCGAGGUUGCAACGCGCGUCACUGCGUCAGCCCUAACGAACGGUAUGACUCGACGUCCUUAGACCUUAAACCUCUCAUCCCAUACCCAAGCUCCAACGCGUUAUACACCCGUGCCCAUCCUCACACACACACACACAAAGCACAUCCCACCGGCCCCCCCAAACUCAAAACCCAAACGCAAAACCGCAACCAUGACCACCACCACCUUCCGCAUCCGCGACGCCGCCCCCUCCCCCACCGACACCGACGCCCACUUCAUCACCGCGGCCUUCGACUCCUGCAUCCCCCACCUCUCCAGCAUCGGCAGCGCCACGCAAUGGGGCACCGCGCCGCUCUCCACCUCCCGCCCGGGCUUCAGCGCCCGCUACGUCACCGCCAUCGCCGACGCCGAGAAAUACCGCCUCAGCACCACCACCGCCGCCAACCCCCCGCUAGGUGAUUCUGCUAGUGAUUCCGGCGAUUCCGGCAGCAGCCCCGCCAUCGUGCGCGUCCUGAUCGCCGAGGCAGUCCUCCCCGACGGGGGCCACCUCCCCGUGGGCGCGGCGACGCUGCGCGGGGGGUAUCUGCCCAAGUAUGUGCUGGAGCAGAAGCACUUGGCGGGGGUGACGGGGCGGUUGCUGGCCGGGGAGGAGGGGCCGUUUAUGUUCUUGGAGACUCUGGUGACAGACUUUAGCGAGGCGACGAAAGCGUACCGGAAGGGGGCCGGGGCGGCGCUGGUUGAGUACGCGAGGGAGUGGGUGAGGGGGUUGGGGAUGGGGUGCAUGUAUGUGGAUUGCUGGGCGGGGAAUGGCGGGAAGUUGGUUGGGUUCUAUGAGGCGCAGGGGUUUGAGAAGGUGGACGCGUUUGUGGCUGAGAAGCCUGAUGGUGUGGGCUGGCCGGGGAUGUUUCUGCGAAUGGACGUUGCGAAGAAGGACUCGCAGUAGCCGUGUUUUUGGGUAGGUAGGUUUUGGUUUUGGAGCAUCAAGGUGGCCGCCGGUAUUAGAGUAAACAGCAGUCGUUGCCUUGCUGCAGCAGACCCAACGUGGCUGGACUAGAGCUAGAGCUUU